GACUGAGGACUAGGCCGUGGGGCCGCGCCCUGAGUAGCACAAAGAGAAUGAAAGAAGUAGAUAAUCUUGACAGUAUAAAAGAAGAAUGGGUUUGUGAAACAGGACCUCCUGACAAUCAACCCCUCAAUGAUAAUCCACAAAAGGACUGUGAAUAUUUUGUUGACAGCCUUUUUGAGGAAGCAGAGAAGGCUGGUGCUAAAUGCUUGUCCCCCACUGAACAGAAGAAACAGGUAGAUGUAAAUAUAAAAUUGUGGAAAAAUGGAUUCACUGUCAAUGAUGAUUUUAGAAGUUACUCUGAUGGUGCAAGUCAGCAGUUUCUGAACUCCAUCAAAAAGGGGGAAUUACCUUCAGAAUUACAGGGAGUUUUUGAUAAAGAUGAGGUGGAUGUUAAAGUUGAAGAUAAAAAAAAUGAAGUAUGUAUGUCUACAAAGCCUGUGUUCCAACCCUUCUCAGGACAGGGCCACAGACUAGGAAGUGCUACACCAAGAAUCGUUUCUAAAGCAAAGAGUAUUGAAGUUGACAAUAAAAGCACUUUGUCUGCUGUUUCACUGAACAACUUGGAGCCCAUCACCAGGAUCCAGAUCUGGUUAGCCAACGGGGAAAGGACUGUCCAAAGAUUUAACGUUUCUCAUAGGGUGAGCCACAUCAAAGACUUCAUUGAAAAAUACCAAGGAACUCAGAGAAGCCCUCCCUUUGCCCUGGCAACAGCUCUUCCUUUCCUCAGAUUUCUGGAUGAGACGCUCACAUUGGAAGAAGCAGAUUUGCAGAAUGCUGUAAUCAUUCAGAGACUCCAAAAAACUGCCGAACCUUUUAGAAAACUCUGAUAGUUUUUAUUUUUGAGAGACUGAGAGAAAUGAUGGUUGGAAUCAUACAUGCUGAAGUGAGAGAUAGAAGUCAGUAUGACCAAAGUUGUGGUUUGAGGGCUUCU